GACACACAGGUAGAGAACACAAACUCACUUCUCGUUUCUUCCGGGGACGCAAAACAUAGAAAAGAGUCACACAAACACCUGGAAACCUUCACGCUUCAGAACCACGUGGAUCCACGAGAUGGAGAUGUGUUAGUGAGACGCUGCAGGACUCACAGGGGAGUCGUGAUUUGACAUGAAACCGUGCGUCGCUCUCAACAUGGAUCACUGGUCUCUGGGUGUGUGUGUGCGCGGAUAGAACCAGGACCCGCUUCUUCUGAUUAACGGCAGCUCGGCCCGGUCAUUCUGAUGGACCAGGACACCCAGUGGCUGCACAAGCUCCUUUCCGAGGUCCAGUUGGAGAAGUUCUACCUGCGCGUGAGAGACGGCCUCAACAUCACCUGCAUCGAGCACUUCUCCUACGUCAAGGAGUCGGAUCUGGAGCAUAUAGGAAUCAGCAAACCAGCACAACGAAGACUAUGGGAUGCUAUAAAACGCCACAAGACCAGUUCCCGAUCACGGCCCUCGAUGCCCACGGGGUUUGGCGGGCGAAGUCAGGAUGGAGGCGAGCCGACCCAGGGCCAGGAUACCGGCGGCCGCGCUCUCCCCAGUCUGAUAAUGGACACUGAGCUGGUCCUGGGCGAGAAGCUGGGCUCCGGGUCCUUCGGGGUGGUGAGGAGGGGAGAGUGGCACACGCCCACCGGGAGAGUGCUCCCCGUGGCAGUGAAGUCCCUGAGGAGCAGCUUGUCCCGGCAGACGGACACGCUGACCGACUUCCUCCAGGAGGUCACCACCAUGCAGUCGCUGGAUCACCCCAACAUCAUCCGCCUGUACGGCGUGGUGCUCACACAGCCGCUCAAGAUGGUGACGGAGCUGGCCCCCCAGGGUUCACUGUAUGACACCCUGCGCUCACGUCAGUUCGAGUACCCGCUCGUCCGCCUCUGGCUCUUUGCUGCCCAGAUCGUGGCGGGGAUGGAUUACCUGGAGACCAGGAGGUUCAUCCACAGGGACCUGGCGGCCAGAAACGUGCUGCUGGCCUCCAGGGAGAUGGUGAAGAUCGGAGACUUUGGCCUGAUGAGGGGUCUGAGCGAAGAGGCCGAUCACUACGUCAUGUCGGCUCACAGGCGCAUCCCAUUCGCGUGGUGUGCUCCAGAGAGUCUUCGCGUCGGCGCCUUCUCCCACGCCUCAGACGUGUGGAUGUUCGGCGUCACGCUGUGGGAGAUGUUCACGUACUGCGAGGAGCCGUGGUUCGGGCUCACAGGCCGACAGAUUUUGUGGCGAGUGGAGCGGGAGGGCGAGCGCAUGGAGAAACCGCCGGACUGCCCUCAGGAGCUGUACAGCAUCAUGAGGAUGUGCUGGGCCUGCAACGCCGCAGACAGACCCACUUUCGCAAAGCUCGCCACCCUGGUGACCGAGGCGAAACCAAUGGAGGUGCAAGUGACACGGGACUUCUCUGAACCCAGAAAACUCCCCCUGGUGGCCAACGACCUUGUGACGGUCAUAGAUCAUGGUCUGGAGCUGAGCGAGUGGAGAGGCCAGAACCAGAGGACGCUCUCAGUCGGCUGGUUUCCUGCGAGCCUCGCCGCACCCCUGCUCCCUCCUGGUGUCACUGUGGCUGCUCCCGACGCGUCAUCCAGUCAUCCGGCUCCCCCUUCCAUCUCGAUCCACAUCUCGGCGCCUCUGAAGGGAAGUCUGCAGCACUUCGGCCACGGAGACCUCAUCCCUGAUCGCGGCAGAAGAGGACAGGAGAGCCUGGACGACAGCGGCAGCUGGAGGACGAACCCAUUCAGAGAGAAGGACGGAUCCAAUCUGCAGAAAAUGGCAGGGUUGUCUCAGAGCCUGGAGUCGGUCCUCGGUGAACCGCGGCCUCGGGCUAACACAGGCGGGAUGCUCAGAGUGGACCAGCAUGGCAGACUCAUGACCCCCAUGAUGGCAGCUCGCAACGCGCUGAUGCAGCAGGACACCCGUCGCUUCAGCGAGGCCAGUAUCAACCCCCCGCCUCGACCGCCGCCCCCCAACCUGAAGCGCUUGAACAUCAAGUCCCCGAGGAGGCCCAUGAUCCCGCUCCCAGGCGCCUCCCGGCCCGCGCAGUUGAUCCUGCCCCCUCCGCCACAGCUACCGGCACAGCCCCCUCCUCAGCCUCAGCUGGGCUCCAACCUGGCUAAGAUGGCCUUCUUGGCUCGCUCGACCCCGCAGCUGGAUGAGGUGGACAACAGGGAGAGAGAGAGAACCAGGGAACGUGAGAAGUCGUCACAUGUGCAGAACACGAAGGAAGGUCUCAUCGGACAGAUCAUGGAGUCAGUACACGGAGUGACCACGGAGGAGGUUCAUGCUGCACUACAACGCUGUGACUGGAACCCGAUGCGAGCCGAGCAACAACUCAAGUUCGAGCAGCUGUACUCGCUGAGCCUCUGCUCCAGAGACGACUGCCUGAGGAUCCUCUCCAGGUACCAGUGGAACCUGCAGCUGGCCAGCCGCUACCUGAUCCGGUCGUCCCGGGAGGACCGGACCGGCACGGCAGAGAGGGAGCGACCUCAGGUCAGCGCAGAGCGGCGCGUCUGAGGCCCGUUGGACUUUUGUAAAUAAGUGGACGUCUGACUUUUUUCAGCGGCGUCCUGCUGAACGGGGACAAACUGACAUGUGAUCACACGCACACGGCCUCCAUGUGGAAACUGUGUGGACAUUUUACUCCAGUGGAGAUUGAAAAUGAAGAUGGACGAAUUUUAAAAAGCAAAAUGCACAAUGACUCAAAUGUUUUUUAUUUUGUAUUGAAUUUGUGUUUUCACUGAGAUGUUAUCCUGCACAUUACAUUAGCUGCAAAUAGUUUUUGUACCUGAAUGAUUUUGUAUAUAUUGUGUUAGAAAUUAUUAUUCUGUUGAAUAAAAGUGAUGAUCUGCUCUGAUCUGAUUUUA